GCAGGUCGCACUACCCUACAACCGUUCACCGGCAUGCCCAGUGUCGGACCAUCCGUGACGCCAUUGGAAGGACCAGAAGCAUAUACACGAAUGACUCCGCCGGGGUGCUCCGGCCCCGUCGCAUACUCCGACUUCCCACCCAUCGAACUCACCAAAGACCACAUCAAACGGACGAUUGAUUACUACUGCAACGCUGCGAAGAUGGCGAUGGAGGCAGGCUUCGACGGCAUAGAGGUGCACGGCGCGAACGGGUAUCUACCAGAGCAGUUCCUCUCAUCUAACAUCAACAAGCGGACCGACGAGUACGGAGGCACUCCUGAGAAGCGGUGUCGUUUCGUUAUCGAGCUGAUGGAGGCGCUGGCCAAGACUGUCGGAGGCGAGAACUGCGCUAUCAGGUUGACUCCCUUUGGCCUUUUCAAUCAAGCUAGAGGAGAACAGCGGGUAGAGACGUGGAGCUUCCUGUGCGAGCAGUUGAAGAAGAGGAUCCCCGACAUGUCAUACAUCUCCUUGAUAGAACCGCGCUUUGAACAAAUUCAGCCUAUGGCGGAGAAGGACACCGUGAUCCGCUCGUGGGGGAUUGAUCCAACGACUAUUAAUCUUAAAUUUCUGCGUCAAAUCAUGGGUGACACGCCUUUCUUCUCUGCGGGCGGCUGGAACGACACUAACUGCUGGGGCGUGAUCGAAUCCGGUGAAUACGAUGCCCUGGCCAUGGGGCGCUACUUUAUCAGCAACCCAGACCUGGUGGAGAGGCUGGAACACGGGCGACUGUUGACCAAGUACGACAGAGAUACGUUCUAUGGGCCGAUACCGGUGGAGGACCGAUGGAUCGGGUACACGGACUAUCUAACCUGGGAAGAACAGCAGAACAAGAAGAGGAAUUUGGAGGCUGUCGAAGGAGUGGAGGCUCAGAAAGAGAUUGAGGUCAUCUCCUAG